GAAUUUUCUUAUCAAGCGAACUAUGGCACAAUGAGUUAUUGAAAGGUAAGACGUUUGAAUUUAAAAUUUGGCCACUACCAGCAAUUGAAGAAGUGAAGACGCGAAAGGUUGGGCACCUUCUUAACGAACUCCCACUACCGGCAUAUCGUCGAAAUGCAUCAGUGGAACUAAAGACAGACUCGUUGGAACGAACAGUGAGAAUACAAGACAUUCUGAUGUCAGAAAAUUUAUGCUUCAAUUCAUCGAAGUCAGCUGAUAAUUUAUUUGUUCACUUUGGGAGCGUCGAAUAUAUUAAAACAAUACGCGAUUCAUCAAAUGAGAGCUUGAUUUUUGUGCCUUUAACUUUGAGGGACUUUGACAUGACUGAACUUCCAAACAAUUCAUUCAUCUCUCUUGAGACAGAAAUUGACUUGAGUAAAUUAAAUAAUUUCUCAAAUCCUUUAAUAAUAACAACACCAUCAGAGCUUAUUUCAUUCAUUUCCACAUUUCUUGAAGUCUGUAAAUCUGUGAACAAUGCAAUUUGGAAGAAUUGCAAUCAAACGACAUCGUCAAUGAGAAUAAAUUUGGCAAAAUGUGAAAUUUUCGAUGAUCUACACGUACCGGAAAGCAUUCCAACAACAAACGUAAGAGAAAUGUUAAGACUUCUUCAACUUGAACCCCUCGAGAGCCAAAUGACUUAUAACAUUUUCGAGAAAUUCACGUCGACUACAAAUGAUACAAAUCACUCGAGUGAAUUUAAAAAAAUUGCUACGACCAAUUAUGUGACAAAUGUCACAACGGUAUACAUGUCAGAGCAACAAGAAAUGAUUUCAAUGGGAUCUCUUAUUCAAUGUGAAAGGCUUAUUAUGAUAAAGAAUUCUAGUCAACAACAUCAUGUCAUCGAUGCAUUUGAUUUGAAUGAAAAAUUCCCACCUGAAAUAAAAAACUUUGACUUCGAUUCGAAUGGCGUAGAAUCUGAAAUUUAUAACUGGCAGAUUCGUUCUGAGCUUUGGGUAGCUAUCGGACUAACAGUGGCAACUUUAGGAAUUCUUCUUUGUAUGGCUAUACUUGUAUUCAUUAUUGUCAGAAUUUGCAUGGAGGAUGUACUUGAAGGCAACCCAAUUGGUUCAGUUAUGAUGCUAUUGGCUUUAAUUGCACAAUUCGCUUCUUUCUUUCCAUUCACGAUUGAAUAUGUCAGUUUCCGACAAGAUCUCAACAGUAGCAGUCAUGCUAUUGAAGUUUUCAACUCAAUGUGCAUCAUAAAAAUUUUUGUAGUUUCAGUUUGUUAUUGUCUCACAUUUUCAUUAUUACUUUCGAGAGCUAUCAUGUUAGCGUCGAUUGGAAGCGAGGGAGGAUUCUUGUCACAUGUCAAUGGAUAUAUACAAAGCAUUAUUUGCAUCUUUAGCUUUUUGGUACAACUUGGAUUGUCAACGCAGCUUCUCAUAAUGAUGCACGCAAAUCAACGACAUGUGACAUGUGAAAAUGUUUAUUAUGGCCAUUGGUUUUGGGGAAUUAUUGCUUAUGAUGGAAUUCUACUUUUACUGCUUGUCGUGUUAUCACCUUUCAUAUUCAAAUCUCAAAGGAAUUAUCGUGAAGGAAUUUUAAUCGUUAUCACGUCAGGUCUUUGCCUUGUUUGUUGGACUAUUUGGAUUCCAUUGUCAAUGAUUGAUGACAAUUUCCGAGAAAUGAUGAUAUCAUUGGGAGUGCAAGCUACUGGUUGGGUAAUUUUAUCAUCACUUAUGGUGCCUCGUUGCGUUUUAAUUGUAAAAUCAAUUGCACGCUCUGAUUUUACACAAGCUCUCCCAUCACUUACCUCACUUGCCUUUGCUCAAGCAAAUCAUUUUAUUUCAGAACCGAGUAUCUAUGAAUGUGUUAAUCCAACAUUGAGAACGCGAUCAACUGAAGACGAGACUAGUCAAACUAAUGUCAAUGAAUAUUUAUCACCAAGUGAAGUUCCAACGUUACCAUUACGUGGUGGUGGCAGGAGAAAUCUUAUCGAACAUUACAACUUAAAUUUUAAUGAAAUCGUUAGCCCUGAGCUGCCAUCACCAAAUAAAAUGACAAGAUUUUGA